UGCAGCACACUUGUCCUCUCCAGAAAUAUUAUCAAAAUUCCCCACAGAGCCGCUUUGGGUGAGAGGAGCUUUAUCAUCCCGCAGACUCCCGCAUCUCUCUCCCUGCCUCCUAUCUGCUGAGCUCGGGACCAUGGCGGAGUACAGCUCUCUGCUCAGCGACCUGUCUGAAAACAUCACCAACGAAGACUUGGAGCAGCUCAAGUCGGCCUGCAAGGAGGACAUCCCCGAGGACCAGAGCAACAACAUCACCUCCUCCAAGGAGUGGUUCAGCUACCUGGAGAAGAACGACAAGCUGGCCCAAGAUAAUCUGUCGUACAUCGAGCACAUCUUCGAGAUUUCGCGGCGACCGGACCUGCUGACGAGGGUGAUCGAGUACCGCACCACUGUGCUCAAGAUCUCCGAGGAUGACGAGAUCGACACCAAGCUCACACGCAUCCCCUCAGCCAAGAAAUACAAAGAUAUCAUCCGCCAGCCCUCUGAAGAUGAGAUCAUCAAGUUGGCCCCUCCCCCUAAAAAGGUGUGAGGUCGCGACCCGCAACCCUGAUCUUUGCACCUUGAUUUCUUCACUCCUGGCACUCCAAUCAACCGACCAACCGUUUAUGACCA